AUUUAUCUCCACAGCCCAUUUGUCCAGAUCUUGAAUAUUCGUAUGUCGCAAGAGGUGUGAUGCUGGAUGAUGCUUUCGCAUGCAAUCUGAUGGCCUCAUCUUCCAGCACUUCAACUUCCAUCUACAUUGGUACCUGAAUCUCGGUGAAGGACUGUCAUUAUGGACGACGAAGAUUCUCUUGGAGCGAAUAAAUGUCCAGUCUGUGGCAGUGACCCUCGUACACAUCCCGGACUUCGGUUCAAGAUCAACACGAAAUGCUACCACCGAAUAUGUGAAGGGUGUGUAGAUCGAAACUUCUCCAGUGGCAAAGCAGAAUGUCCUGUAGCAGGGUGUCAUGUCAAUCUCUGGAAACGUGAAUGGCGACCACAGACUUUUGAGGAUCUCAAAAUCGAGCGUGAAGUGGAAAUCCGGAAGACUGUGGGCAAGACUCUCGACCGUCGAGAGGAAGAAUUCGAGUCAAAGAGAGACUAUGAUGAUUAUCUCGAACUGAAAGAAGAGCUCAUCAUGAAUUUGGUUCUCAAGAUAGAUGUUCAAGCCACGAGGCGAAAGCUCAAGGAGUAUGCUAUCGCAAACGGUAUCAAAACGGAUGCGACCGAAGCCACAAACGAUGCUGGCACACGACCAACGAAACGACAGAAUACGCCCAAGGAUGCUGCAGAUCCAAGUGGCUUGAUCAAAGGCUUGAAGCCGGUGGUCGCCCCAGCGCCCAAAGCGCCGUACGAUCCUUUCAUGGGCAUGCCGCGGACGAGAGACUACUAUCAAGUCAAGGACAGUUAUGUUGCUCGCGCAAGGGGAAAACCAUCGGAAGCUAUGUCUGCCGCCGGGUACGACUUUCAUCAAUACAUGGACGAAUGUCUUUGGAAGGCUUUUGCUGGCUUGGGGGUAUUCAUUGAGGACGAAAUGGUGGCGAAGCCUGUACCUGUCUCGGUGCAACACUGAGGACGAUUCAGGACACUCGAGCUCGCAAGAUGUUGAUUGAAUACCCUUACCAUCUGACAUAAAUAUUCAACCCAAUAUGGUGGAACGUGGAUACAAUUGAAAC